AUGGUCUAUCAGGUGCUGAGUAGUGCUGGAGAGGACUGUGGGGGAGUGGAGGAACUCCAACUCCUGAGUCCAAGACGAAGGGCCAAUCAGUUGAUGGAACGACUGAACGGCGACAACAUGAGGCCACCACAACAAUCAUUGUCUCCGAGACUAGAUCACCAGACCCAAAAUCAUAGUCGCAAAGUGGCAAUGAAACGACCUGACCCCGGCACGGAAGAGUUCAUGAGAUUCAUACGCGAAUAUCAGUAUGAAAGACAACCAACAAACAUUCGCUUACAGAAGAGAGCGCCCCUUCCAGGCAUUGGUGAAAGCACGCGGGUCGGUGUUACUUCUAACUUUGACAGAGCAAAUAUUAAUUCUCCGUAUGAUGAUGCUUUGAUUGACAAUGAAGUAGCUUUUCUGAACAAUAAACCUGACCCUCGACAGGACCCAGUGCUACAGGAAGUGCUUACAUUAGCAAGAGAGAGAACUAAGGAUCACAUUAUUCUCAGUUCGUGGAACGGUCAAAUGCCAAAUGGCAAUCUUGGUUCUGACAGUAACAGAAAUAAUGCGUUGCCACGGCAACCAAAUGACUUCGGCAACAAACCAAACAAAACAUCAAAAAAAUUAAAUGGAAAGAGAGCUAACAUGAAAAAACUUUCUAAGCAGUUACCGCCAAUAUCACGUGAAGAUAUUCCAGAGCGGCCUUCUGCCCCAUCACCGUCACUUACUCCGCCAUAUCCAAAUAGUUCUGAUGACAGUUUUGUUGCUGAAGAGCCUGUGGAUUACAUCGACUUGUGAAAAUGUG